GCUUUUAUUUUGUAAGAGGCUGUUCCGGUUGUGUGUGGUUGAGCUGUAGCGGGGAUGAUGGAGCCGAAUAAAACUGAAAUUCUCACUAUUUUUAAGAGACUGCGGUCCGUUCCCACUAAUAAGUCCUGCUUUGACUGUGCUGCUAAGAACCCAAGCUGGGCCAGUAUUCCAUAUGGAGUUUUCCUCUGCAUCGACUGCUCAGGGAUCCAUCGUUCUCUGGGGGUGCACCUGAGCUUUAUCAGAUCCACAGAGCUGGACUCCAACUGGAACUGGUUUCAGCUGAGAUGUAUGCAGGUUGGAGGAAAUGCCAAUGCGACGGCCUUCUUCCGCCAGCAUGGCUGCACCACCAACGACACCAACGCCAAGUACAACAGCCGUGCGGCACAGAUGUACAGAGAGAAGAUCCGACAGCUAGCCAACGCUGCGCUCUCCAAAUACGGCACUGAUCUGUGGAUCGACAGUUCAGGAAGUGUUCAGACUCCGACUGCAGAGAAAAAAGAGGCGGAUUUCUUUGACGAGCACACUCAGCCUGCCAACAGCUGGGACAUGGCCUCCCCCUCCCUGUCUGAGCAGAAUGGAGCCAUCACUGUCUCUCCACAGCUGGAACAGGACGCCCCAAAAGUAGCCGACACUUCAGCUCAGCUGGAGGAAGGACCCAGCAUUGAAGGGCUGAGCUUGGACACAAAAGCCCCUAUAGACGACUCAAUGAAAUUGGCACCUGACGAGCCCGAGCCUCUUAAAGAAGCGAGACCCUCCAUCAUCGGGAAGAAGAAACCCGCCGCUACUAAGAAAGGGCUGGGAGCUAAGAAGGGUCUGGGGGCGCAGAAGGUGAGCAGUAAGAGCUUCAGUGAGGUGGAGAAACAGGCUCAGGUGGCUGAGAAGAUGAGGGAGGAGCAGGUUGCCGAGGCUAAGAAGCAAGCUGAGGAGUCCAUUGUGGCCUCUAUGCGCUUGGCCUACAAAGAGCUGGAGAUCGACAGAAAAAUAGAAGACAAGAAGCUGCAGAACAUGGAAGGGAAGAAGAGGGAGCAGGCUGAGAGACUGGGCAUGGGCUUUGGAAGCAGGAGUGUUGUCUCUCACUCUGUGAUGUCAGAGAUGCAGGUGAUUGAACAGGAAACCCCAGUUGGCACAAAGUCUUCCUCUCGCUCCAAACUGGACAUGUUUGAUGAGCCUGGCUUCACCUCUGGACCUCCAAAAUACAAGGACAACCCCUUCACUGCAGGAGAUGGCUUCGGCUCACGGUGGGAUACAGACUCAGGCUCCUCCUCUUUCACUUCCUCCUGGGUUCUGGAGAAGGAGGAACCUAAAGAGACUGAGGUCACCAUCUCCAGCAUCCAGCCAAUCGGGGAAAGGUUGCCCAGCAGAAGGAAGCCGGAAGCCUCUGUACCUGUUGCGGAGUCCAGCGAGGCACGACAGAAGUUUGCUAAUGCUAAAGCUAUCUCCUCUGAUAUGUUCUUCGGACGUGAGACUAACGCUGAGUACGAAGCAAAGACUCGUCUGGAGGGCAUGUCCGGCAGUACCUCCAUUAGUUCUGCUGAUCUGUUUGGGGAUGGCGGAGGCGGCAGCCGAUCUUCUGGGGCGUCAGGGUUCGAUAGUGUGCUUCCCUCUGGUCCUGAUAUCGCUCAGUUUAAGCAGGGGGUGAAGACUGUGGCUGGAAAAAUGGCCGUGCUGGCUAAUGGAGUUAUGAAUACCAUUCAGGAUCGCUACGGCUCCUACUGAGAGGACUGCACGAACUAAUACCGGAAAGGAAAUGACAUAAAACAGGAAGCGCAACACCGCAGACUGGAUCUGGCUUUGUUUUUCUCUCUCCUAUAUUUACACAAAACAGAGCGAGAGAGAGAGAGGGA